AUGAAAGAUCCAGAAGAUUCUAGUAGCAACGACGAGGCACCUGCAGCUUACGGACGUGAAUCAGAUAAUGAAAUAUCUGCAUUGCUCUUAGAUGUUGUCGAAAGGUUAACAAAAAUUGCCGUGAUAUGUGAGUCACCAUGCACGGCUGAUUCCUCAAGUGUCAAGAGCCUAAUGAAACACAUAUACAAAUUUGAAAAAGCACUAAAAAAGUUACAAAAUAUUGCAAAACAAGAUAGAGACAGAAGCUACCCUGUAUUCAAGGGUGCUCUAAGCGCGGUAGAUAACUACUUGAACCCAUAUGAUUGGGCUAAAAUAAAUAUUGUUAAUAAGUAUCGCGACUCAGGACGCACAUUGGAUGCGGCGCUUGAUGCCGUGGACGUAGGUUAA